GUUGCUAUUUCCUGGUUAGACUGGCAGCCAUUUUGGGUUUGAAACAACUAGGCUUUGGGUUUUUGGAGGAGUAGUUACUUUUAAUUUGACAAAACAGUUCCAGUCUCAACUUCUUCACGGCACCGGGGAGCAGAGUUUUAUUAAAAGAGUGGGUUGAAAGUGACAUGUCAACAAUGAAUCCCGAAUAUGACUAUUUAUUCAAGCUGCUUCUGAUUGGCGACUCUGGUGUGGGAAAGUCUUGCCUACUCCUUCGGUUUGCAGAUGACACAUACACAGAAAGUUACAUUAGCACUAUUGGUGUGGACUUUAAAAUAAGAACUAUAGAAUUAGAUGGAAAAACGAUCAAACUUCAGAUUUGGGACACAGCAGGACAAGAGAGGUUUCGAACGAUCACGUCGAGUUACUACAGAGGAGCACAUGGCAUUAUAGUAGUUUAUGAUGUUACAGACCAAGAGUCUUUCAACAAUGUCAAACAGUGGCUACAGGAGAUAGACCGCUACGCCAGUGAAAAUGUUAACAAGCUAUUGGUAGGGAACAAGUGUGACCUCACUACAAAGAAGGUUGUGGAUUACACAACAGCAAAGGAAUUUGCGGAUUCCCUGGGAAUUCCCUUUUUGGAAACCAGCGCGAAGAACGCCACGAACGUAGAACAGGCCUUCAUGACGAUGGCGGCGGAGAUUAAAAAGAGAAUGGGCCCGGGGGCCACGGCUGGCGGCUCAGAGAAAUCCAACGUCAAAAUCCAGAGCACUCCGGUGAAGCCAUCCUCUGGAGGGUGCUGCUAAGGGCCUCCCAGCUCCCUCCCCAGGUCUCCCAUUUAAUAAGCCCCCCGAGUAAAAGAGAAAAACAAAAGUUGCCUGAAUUGUACUGUAUGUAGCCGCACUACCACAGAUUCUCCAAACAAGGUCAGAAAUGCAACGGUCAGCCCCUUGGCUGCUUUUAUCCCCCCAGUCCAAGACCGCUAACUUCAUUUUCAGAACUGUUUUAAACUUUGUUUUGUGUGCAGGUUUCCAAAUAAUUGUGUGUUAAUCCCAUUGCAUUCCUGCUGCAGGACGGUUCUGUGGUUGGGUUCGGUCAUGUUUUCUUCUUUGUUUUGUUUGGGUUUUUUUUUGUUUGUUUCUGACAUUUAUUUCGGCAGGUGUAGACAUCCAUUUAGGUCCUACUCUGAAGAUGAAGUUCGGCAAUUGUGUAAAAACGAACAGCACAACAGUGUUUCACGGUCUAUGGCAUUGAUAAAGUCUAGUGAAAUAUGUUAUAUAUGUAAGAUCUGAUUUGCUAGUCCUGUAGAGAGAUAAAUGGAAUAAAUUACAUUAUCUGACUAGUAGUUUAACUUCAUAAUCUCUGCAUAUAAUUUGUGGCUGCAGACUAUUGUAAUUUGUUGCACAAUAUUGUAACAUUAAACAACUGAAGAAAUGUUUAAUAAAUAUUGUACUUAUUGGAAUUCCUACCAAACUGUAUGAUAAACUGUCUGCAAUUCUUAGUGGCAUAUGUAGAAUACAUUUUGUGUGUUUUAUUUAUUCUACAUUUAUAUGGCAAAUAUAUUGUACCAGUAAUUUAGGUUGUGUUUGCAAUGGGCGAUUACCUGUGGACACCUUAUUGCAAGUGGCAAUAGCAGAAUUGCUUAUAUGAAACACUAUGUCCUUUUUCAUAAUAAAGGCAACUUAAUUCAGUUUUAAAUGAGCUGGAAAACACUUCAUAGCUACGUUUAAGAGCACUGUUGUAACGCCUGAGUAUUGCAUGUAGUUGUCCUGGGUCAGAAUGCUUUCUACUCUCCCUUCGUUUAAGCAGCUCACAACGUCUUAGCAAUGUUUCUAUAGCUGUAUUUAGAUUCUUUACAUUUACGUUGUUGGAUGACUGACAGUGAAUGUGUGCUACUCCCUUUUCCUGUCUGUCAUUUUUCACAGCUCAGGUGUUUGAAAUUACACGUCCCUUGAGAAAAUAAGUAAUCCAGUGCCCUUAUUAGAACUUCAGAAGGUGCCGUUUUCAAUUAAUGAAAAUUAAACAAUGUAAAUGACACUUAAGUAGUCUUAUUAAAAGAGUUACCCUUUAAAGAAUACCUGUCUGUAAAAUCCCUGAAAAAGGAUAAAAAAAAGGUAUAAUUUGAUUUGGCCACACCAAGGUUGUGUAACUUCAAAUUACUCUGGACAGAGAAAAAAUCCUGCAAAAAUAUUCUCAAUCUUACAUUUCUUGUUUCAGUUUAUUAUGAGUUUUUAUUUUUAGGGGUUGGGAGGGAGUGGUGGGAUAGGUGAUAACUUGUACAUGCAUUUAAUCUUGAAAAUCGUGCACGAACUAAGCUAAAAUAAUGGGGUAGUUUCUGUAUCUCAAAGUCAUUUUAUUUUCCAAAGUUAGUGUACAUUUAAACUUUCUAUUGACAUGUAAGACCAUUUAUUUGAAGUUGCACAGACUCGCCUUACUUAAGCAUUUCCCAUGGGAAAUAAGAGUUUGUGUUUCAUAAGGUCUAGUUUGUAGUGAUUGGUACAGUUUACAUAAUUGGUUGAAACUUUAAAAUUACAUUAUUUUCCAUCUGUCACUUUGAUUCAGAAAUCUAUGACCUUAAGUGUGCAACAACACCAAGUAAAAGGCAAAGAACUCUUAUGUCACAACUGUCAAGAGUCACUUAACAAUGUGGCUCUUGUAUACUUACAAAUUGCAGAAUAUUAAAGUAAAUGCAUUCAUUUGACUUCACUUUAUUUCACUAGAUUUCAGAGUUAGAACUUGUUACAAUAUUUGUGGAUUUAAUAAUUUAGGUAAACUUAUCUACCAAGUUUUGUGUAAGUAUAAACAUGUAAUGGACAACAAUCUUAGUAACAGUAGUUCAAAUUCUCUUGAUUUUAAUGGUCUUCAUAGUCAAUGGAAGGCACAGUACUGCUGAAGCCUGUACAUUUUUACUGAUUGACAGACAGUAAUUGAAAGCUUGUUAAAGUUGUGAUUUCUUUACAUCAGAGACUUGCAGAAUUGCUGCAGUCCUGUGGACUCUAGGUUGUUGCUUAAUAAAUUGCUUACAGUGAGCAGGGAAUUUGUUCUGGCAUAUUUAAUAAUUUACAAGUUACUUUUUUAUUUUUUUUUAUAAUAAACCAUGGGAUUUUGUUUAUAAGAAAAUACACAAGUUAUACCUGAAAAGGUGGUCCAGUCAUUGUGCACAAUAUAGUUCAUCUGCCAGUUGAAUCCACACCUGCAUGUAAGUGCAGAUGUCCUCCAGUUGAACACAUGCACAUUGGUAGGAUGCUGUUCUGUAUGUAAUUACCAGUUUCCUUUGACUGGAUGCUAUUCUUAGACUUAAGGCAACAAUGAAAAUAAAUUUUUGCUCAAUUAAAA